CGUCUCCCUCUCUUUCUAAUCAACCACUAUCCAGGCCACCUCCCCCCUGGACCAAGCAACAAACCCCCUCCCUUGACUGUGGUAUCCUCUGCUAACAGCAAGGCUAACCGAACCACCGCUACCGUAACCCCCUUCAGCCAAUCAGCCAGCACCGUCACAGUGACCAGCGGCAACGGCGGUGCAGGCACCAACCAGGCCUUGGCCGCUACCCGCACCUCCAGCUUCGCCGCCGCCCUGCGUAAACUGGCCAAGCAGGCCAAUGACAAUGGCCCAGAUGAGAUCUCACCUAGAACGUCACCUGCCAGUACAACACGUAGCUCCGCCUCCACCCCGUCCAAGUACCACCUAGGACCUUCGCCCCUCGUGGUCCCUACCUCAAGCCCUCCAGUGGUUACCAUUGCCCCCACCCACACCACCAGUUCUGCCCUGGAUUCCAGAAGGGAGCUUGAAAGAAGAAGCCAGAGCAACUCUGUAGAUCGUAGCCUCGGUCGUUCGCUGUCAGGAGAGGGUGCGUCUUCUAUCUGGAGAGGAAAAGAAAGCCCCAGUCUAGGUCUAGGUCCAAGGAGACCUCUAGCCCAACUACCGAGCAAGUCGGAGGAGAUGGCAGGGAGGGGUUUCCAGCCAUACCGUGCCGGCGAAGACCCCAUCCGACCCCCGACAGCCACGCCCCACCCUCUGGCAUCCUACGACCCCGCUGCCAUGGCUCAGAUCUCCUCGUAUCCAUUCCAUCCUGCGUUCCUGACACCAGCAAACCUUCAGUAUCCAGCUUUCAGACCUGAAGAGCAUUUUGAGCGGUAUGCUUCCUACCCCGGUCUGCGGCCUCCGUUCCUCCCCCUGGGGUCACCCCACGCACCCCUGUUCCCCCAUCCAGCCAUCAGCCCCCUCUUCACAGGGCUACGCUACCCAGCGGACCUUCAAGCUGCUAUGCAGAUGCCUCACCUCUCGCCCGGUGCUAUGUCAUUUGGGGGACUCGGUAACCCCAUCACUGCGGCAGAAAGAGAAAAGGUGCUACAGGAGCAACAACGAGAGAGGGAACGAGAGCGACGGGCGGAGGAGUUGAGGUUGGAGCAGAGCCGAGAGAGGAGUAGAAGCGAACGGGAUUCAGGGUCUCUUCAUCAUGACAGGGGUAGAGCUGAUGAGAGGAGGUACUCCAGCAGUCCAGCAAGAGAUUCCUCAGGUUCCCGACGACCCCAGUCGCAUUCCUCGGUGGGGUCCAGCAAACACUCUCCCCAGGACCAAGGCCCCCUACCCCUCCUGAAGAAGGCUGACAGGGAGGACAGGUGGAGUGACAAACACCGUCAUACACCCCGUAGUGGACGGGAGGACCAUCACCACAAUCAGGAAUCCCCUACCAAUUACUCCCAGCACAGAGAUAUACCUUCCCAUGAUGCUACCCGUUACCUGUCAGACAGGGAGCGCAAAGCUCACCACGAGAGGGAGCUAUUACUACAACAAGAUAGGAAGAUUGCUGAAAGGCAUGAAGCUGAACACAGGGAGAGACAGAGAGAAGAGCAUUCCAGUCACCAUCCACCUCCCUUGACCUCUCUACAUGGGUCAUCCCACUUAUCAGCGCAUGUAUCAUCCCAUGGAUCGACCCAUGGAUCGACCCACGGGUCAACCCACGGUUCAACCCACAGUUCAUCUCAUGGAUCAUCCCACGGGUCAUCCGCCCAUGGCUUGCCACACCCCACCACCCACGAGGGUCACAACAAGCACAGUGCUUACAACAAUCAUAGAACAGUGGAUUAUGAACGCUUGCCCCCGUCAAGAACGUUACAUAACGAUAGCAAACAUGUGGAACGGAUCCCCAGCGAUCACAGACGGUUACAGCAAACACAUAGUGCCAGCAGUGGUAGCAGCAGCAACAGUAAUAGCAAAUCAGGUAGCCAUGUACCUCUUAAUUCAAAUGUGGAGGACAAAGACCCGUUGCGCCAUGCACAGACUCUCCUGAAGAACCAGACGCAGUUGGGACCGUAUGACUUAAGCCACCCGCACGCCGAGUUCACCCGACAUUUCCACGAGUUCUACCGCAAUCAGCAUAUACGGGACGCCCUCCCGAGUCACAUGAACCGUUCGAACUCUGAGCCGGCCAUCAGUAAGCUGGAUCUGGAGGAGAAAAGGAAGGGUGAGGAGAGGCGUAAUGGCGUCUAUGCCUCGAGUGAGAGCGAAUCGGACAGUGAGGAGGAGCUGGAAGAUAAGCGGGAGCGGUAUCGUAGACGGAUGAUGCGCAUCAUCAAACGUUCUAGACUGAAGAUGGAAAGCAAUGAGAAGAAGUUUGGAUUCCUCAAUACCAUGGGAUUGAUUACACAUAAAGACAGGAGAGAAGUGCGACGAGAGCAGAGGCGGAAGAGGAGGCGGAUCUAUGGGGAGGACCUGCCCCCUGCCAAGGUAUCCAAGGUGGCACCUCAGCCCCCUAUCUUACCCCCUGCUGCACCCCUUACCCAGGAUGACUUUCAGAAGGAGCUCAAUUACCCUCACAAGUGCCGCUUUCUUCGUAUCUUUGGUCUCGACACUCUCACGCAGGAAAAGAGACAAGCCAUGGCCAAUGCUAAGAAAGCUGUAGAAGCCGAUAGAGAAAGGAAGAUGAGAAGAGACACAAAAGAUGGUGAUGCACCACAGCCUAACAGUGCCGACGCCCACAGCCCAGCAAUGGAUGCAGUGCUCCAACAGCGGUUGCAGGAGGGCAAAGAGGGUUCCCCUUACAUCAACUCUCACCCUGGUCUACAGACCCCACUCAACCACCUCCAGAUCGACGACAAAUCGUCCACCGCACCUGUACCUCCAGGAACAGUCCCGGGUUCCACUGCUGGAGCAGCGCCCCAAACAACCAAUCACAAUGCACAUUCCCCGAGCACCGAGGACUCCUCGACAUCAUCAACACACGGGACCGCCUCUAAUAACAACCAACAGCUACUGAAAACGGCUCCUCCGGUAGGUGGUGGUAGCAUGUUACCGACGAAGGCCGUAGAUGGUGUGCAGCUGAAGAAGGAAAUCAAGCAAGAGGUUAUGAAUGGAGAACUGGCUAGCUACCGUCGGAGGUCGGAUGCUACAUCAUCUUCAUCGUCGUCGUCGUCAUCAACGUCGGAAACUGUGCUGAAGCAGCCGUCACCAUUCACCAUCUCGUCAUUCCUCAACACCUCGAGGCAUAAUUCAACCCCCAUCUCAGAUGGUUUUGCUCAGGAGUUCCAUCAAUCGGUGCUGAGAUCUACUCAGGAGAAACUCAAUCAAAAGAAAGGUGCAAGUUCAAACUCGUCUCACAACGAUUCAGCAGCUAAACGUGACUAUCACACCAUUCCACCAACGUCAUCAUCAUCCUCCUCCUCCUCAUCAUCAUCGUCAACAACCUCAAGCAGGCAUCACCUCCAUCAUCAUCACCACCAUCAGCCUUCACCCACGCCAUCAUCAUCCUCCUUGUCCUCAUCGAUGUUGCCAUCUGUUCCAUCAACACAGCAUAAUAGCAGACACAAGCCCAUGAUGAUGAAUAAUCGUCUCUACUCCUGGCCUGGAUGGGAGGUUGUCUCAGAGUCGUACCAUAGAUACUUGGCAGAGCAAAGAUCUGAGCAAUCAGUGCUCCUUGAACAUUUAACUGGCCUUACACAUCACAAUGCAGAACUCAAUGGCAAUGCUGAAUUACUUGCAAGGAGGAAAAAUGAGCUUACAGAGCGCAUGUACGAGAUGCAGCGAGAAUACGAGAAUUACAUGCGAGAAAUGCACCUACUCAGGCAGAGAACAAUGGACCUAGAUAAGGCUACUAAAUGACCUUUGCCCCUUGUACGAUGACUGGCUGACCUAGCGGCAGUGAGAGGGUAUCGCUACCUCUUUCUUCGCAUAACAGUAAUGAGGGUUGAUAGCGAAAGAAAUGAGUGAAAUAAAGCCUUGCUGAGGACGUUUGCAAUCUCAUAUGACGGUGCAUUGAUCCGAGUUGGAUGUAUUUAGUGUGCAGAGAUUCAUAUAUCAGACUUCUGACUGUUCCAUUCCUGCGUUAGCCCGUAGUCUUCGUUCUUCAAUCCAGCAUUGAUUUCUGUAGUUCGUAGCUAGUCGAGAUGAUGGGAGUGAGCUGUAUGAUAUUCGAUGAUACAGCAGACAGGUUGGAUGGGUGCAAGAUUUAAAAUACAGCUCUAUGCACUGGCAAUGUCUGAGGCUUGAGGUGUCAUGAUUGCCUGUAGAUGUGAAAGGUGGACAAGUUAUUGGAUAUGGAGAAGAGCAAACUUCAUCAAGUAAAUGACAAGUUUAGGGAUGCCACAAAUCUGCGAUGCAUAUAUAAGGAUCCGUUGAUGCAUAGAUGAAGAUUUCGUCAUUCAGAAAAGUAUUCUUGCUCAAUCCAUGAAGAAUUCAUGAUACAAUGUACUUUAGGAACAGAAUUUCAGAAGUUUAAUAAUUUUCGUAAUAUUUUCAUGAACUUAUUAACAGAUUAUAUUUGGAGCUGGGGGGUCAGGGAUCGGAUGAUUUGUUUAAAAUCUCUUGUAGGUUUUAUAUUAAUGCAUUAAGGUAAUUGAUAACUCAAAUAAAUCAAGUCAUUACUUAUUCUAUAUCAUGUUAAUUGUGACAACAGAAUUGACAUCUAAAUUUCUAUUUUGGUACUUGAAUGAUCAUGAUAGAACUUUGUGUAUAAUUGAAGUCCAGAGAUAAUUUUUACAGAAAUUGUAAUGUUGCAAAAAACUUGUAUGUUUACUAAAGAUGAUAAAUUCAAUGUAUAAACUGAAUACAUUAAAUAUUUAGCUUUAAAUAAGUGGACCAAGAUCAUUCUAAUUAAAAGUCCGACUCCUUACUGAAAUGAUGAAUUUUCCUUUUUUUUCCAACCCCUAAAGUGCAGCUGUUAAAUUUGUGAAGUUUUUGUAAUUAUUUUUUACCAAACAUGAAUACCGCAGUUAGGUUCUUUGCAUGCCAAAAGAAAAAAUAAAACACAAGAAAAUACCUGCAACUAAAAUGCGUUAAACAUACGUCAGACAAAGUCUGACCUAGAAUUGAUUUUUCCAAUGUUAUUUCCUUUUUAACAGAUAUCAAAUUUAGUUACUUUUUCUCACUUUGGGAAUACUUGUUUCAAAGAAUUUUCUUUCAUUAAAAAUUAAAAGAAAUCAAUUUCAAGAAAAUAAACGCAAAAUGAUUGUGCAGUCGGAAGUAUUGUACAAAUGGAUGUUAAUGUUUGCAGACCUAUGUAAUGAAGUAUCUGCUGUUAAUGAAGUUACUGUGAGCAAUGCACAUAGAGCUGCGUGGUGUAAUUGAAUGGAAGGCCAGAAUCAUCAAACUUUAUAUUUCUAUUUAUUCUGUGACUCGAUAUGCUGUCUUGAAUAUAUUUGUCCGGCUAGCAGGGAUAUUUCUAUUUAUUUUAUUUAUACACUCAAUUAAGUUAUGAUUUGUCUGCAUUAGAUUCUUUGUGUUUUUGGCAGCUUGUCUUUAUAUAGGUUAGCAAUUUCCACGUUAGUUUACCAUUUUUCUUUACACUGAAAUGUUAUUAUUCAGGAUAUAAGUAUUAUUGCUGAUUUAGUGCCUAACACUUACCUUAUCAUUCGAUACACAAUUCUACAAAAUAUUGGACUUCCUGAUCAGUUUUGUAAUUAUUUUUCUUUUAUCAAAUAAGAAGGAAAGGAAUUUGAAAAUAAAAUAUAAAAACAUGGUUGGAUUCCUCCUCCAUGUGCGUUUCUGAAAUCUAUAUAAGAAUAUAUUUUGAUUGAUACAAUUUCUCUUUGGUCUUCUUUCUUUUCCAAAUAAUGAUAAAAAUUUUAUCAAGCUCCAUACUAGAUUCUUCAUGGUAGUGUUACAAAAAGCAUAAUUUUUUACUUUUACUACUUAAAAAUUCCUUACUUAUUAGUGGCGUGGAUUUCGAAGACCCUUUACAAACUUUAUACUAAGUGCUGCUACCUUUUUCAAAGUUAGAACAUUUGUUUAAGGGAAAGAAAGUAUGACUCUACCCUUUUAGUUAAAAAAAAGAAACUUAGGUACGUCUACAUGUCUUGAUUUCAUGCAAGCGUUUUUUUCUAUCUUUCUAAUUGUUAUGUAUCCAACUUCUCUUUUGUCGUCCCUUAGUGUUAUUAUUAAAAUUAAGAAUAUUUUAUAAGAUUUUGAAGCAAAGUGCAAUCAUGUAUCAUACAUUUCACUUCAUGUUCUUAUCUACUAUUAUCCAUUGUUGGAUUUAAAUGUAGUUUUUCUGAGAUGGUAAAAAGAAUCUUUCAUUAUUUAUUUAAAUAUGACACUUCCCCCACCCACAUAGAAUUUUGCACCAACUUUUUUGUUUUUGUAUGUUGAAAUGCACAAUCAGUGCACCUAGUUAAGACUCAUUCAUUUAUUCUUUUAUUAUUUUUAUGCUUUUGGGGGGAGAUUUGCUGUUUGUAAAUUUGUAAAUAUGGCAGUUUUUAUAAUUCAAAGCAUUUUUUGUCAUUGCAUAGUUCCCUCGUGUAUGUGGCAAUAUAUGUAUACACGUGUAUAGAUAUGUACAUUUGCAUAUAUAUAUUGUCAUAUUGGCAGUUUUAUACUUUGGAUUUCAUAUUCAGUAGAUUUUUC